UACACACCAAACCCAAGAAAAAGAAAAGAAAGGUAAAAGGAUGAGAUCUGGAGCUUGUUCUGUUCUUCUCGUUCUUCUUCUUCGUCUGCUGUUGGUUCAGGGUCUCUUCUUGCCAGUGACAAGCUCAAGAACAACCACCGUGCACAGAGGCCAGUUCCCUCCCUCCUUCUUGUUUGGUACCGCCACCUCCUCUUUCCAGAUUGAAGGGGCUUACCUGGAAGGUAACAAAAGCCUCAGCAAUUGGGAUGUCUUCUCCCAUAUACCAGGCAAAAUAGAAGAUGGAAGCAAUGCCGAUGUGGCAGAUAAUCACUAUAAUCUCUUCAUGGAAGAUAUAGAGUUGAUGCAUGAUCUCGGGGUGGAUGCAUACAGAUUCUCCAUAUCUUGGUCUAGAGUUCUUCCUAAGGGAAGAUUCGGGGAGGUCAAUUCUGAAGGCAUUGAGUUCUACAACAAUCUCAUUGAUGCCCUUUUGGUCAGAGGUAUAAAGCCGUUUGUGACGUUGAACCAUUUCGACAUUCCUCAACGGCUAGAAGACCGGUAUGGUGGGUGGUUGAGUUCCGAAAUACAGCUGGAUUUCGGCUACUUUGCACAAGUUUGUUUCGAAGCUUUCGGAGAUAGAGUGACUUAUUGGACCACAUUCAAUGAGCCUAACAGGUUCCUCUAUAAUGGUUACCUCUCGGGGACUGGCCCACCUGGCCAGUGCUCCUACCCAUUCGGCAAUUGCUCCUACGGCGACUCCGCUCUCGAACCCUACAUUGCGACCCACAAUCUGGUGUUGUCCCAUGCCAUGGCCGCUCAAAUUUACCGGAAGUAUUACCAGGAAAAACAAGGAGGAAUGAUUGGUAUAGUAAUUUCUGCUGCAUGGUACGAGCCGUACGACGACAAUCCGGCUGAUCGUUUGGCUGUCCAACGAGCUUUAGCUUUCACUUUUGCAUGGUUUGUAGACCCUUUAGUGUAUGGAGAUUAUCCGCCUGAGAUGCGUCAAGUCGUGGGUUCGAGAUUGCCGACGUUUACGACGGAAGAGCAGAAGAAACUCGACGUGAAGUUGGAUUUCAUUGGUAUAAAUCACUACACGACUGAAUACGUGAAGGACUGCAUGUUCUCUUUUUGCCCUUCGGCCCUCUCUAUUGGGGAGGCGUCCGUGUAUGUCACCGGUGAAAAGGAUGGAGUUUACAUCGGCGAACGGACCGCGAUGUCGGAUUUCUUUGUUGUUCCGAGGGGCAUCGAAGGGAUCGUUACGUAUGUCAAAGAAAGAUACAACAACACUCCCAUGUUCAUCACUGAGAAUGGGUACGCGCAACCUACAGGUUCAAUCGAUGAUUUGCUGAACGACACAAAGAGGAUAGAGUUCCACGAGGGCUAUCUUGCCGUCUUAAGUGAAGUAGUGAGAAAAGGAGCAGAUGUGAGGGGAUAUUUCAUAUGGUCUCUGCUAGACAACUUCGAAUGGCUACACGGGUAUUUGAUAAGAUUUGGGCUGCAUUAUGUGGACUUCCAAACGCUGGAGAGAACACCCAAAUGGUCAGCGACGUGGUACAAGGAGUUCCUCUCUCAAGACAAUAAAACUCAAACGAUUCGGAAAACAUCCAACUACAAAAUGUAGCAUCGGGCGUCUUCCAAACAAUUAUAUAAUGUUUGUUAUAAUGGAACAUAUGUACGAUAUUGUCUUAACUUGAUAAGGUGGUAAGUCAAGUUGGGCUCCUUUUUUUUUUCUGAGUGCCCCAGGUUGUAUUUGAGACAGUGAGCUGCAAAAGCUUUUUAUACACAGUAGGUCUCUUACUUCU